AUGUGGCGGCGCACGUAUCUCCUCCUAGUCCUCGUCAGACUAUGGUUCGCCCUGUCGCCCAGCUAUCUUCAUCCUGACGAGAACUUUCAAGGGCCGGAAGUAAUCGCAGGCCAGAUCUUCAGUUACCCUGUCCGGCACACAUGGGAAUUUACCAGCGAGAACCCAAUCCGGAGCGUCUUCCCGCUAUGGCCCGUAUACGGGUUGCCCAUGCUUCUGCUGCAGUGGCUUUGGGUUGGGAACGGGCAGGAUGGCCAGGUGCCCCCUAUCGCCGUCUUCUGGACGCUGAGGUUUUUCAUGUUCCUGCUGAGCUUUGUGCUUGAGUACUGGGCGCUCCAGGAGCAAAUCACCUCAACGCGCCAUCGCCCCAUCGCCGUUCUCCUCGUGGCGUCGUCGUACGUGACGUGGACUUUCCAGACGCAUACUUUCUCCAACUCGGUUGAGACAUUGGCUGUUUUGUGGAGCUUGGUGUUGAUAGGGCGCAUCACCUCUCCUCAUGUAAUGACUCGAAGAAAAGCAACUGACUUUCCCAGGCCUCUCUCUUUGGCGGCUCUGGUUUUGGCGGCCCUUGUCACAGCUUGUACUGCCAUUGCGGUCGACACUGCUUUCUACACACCGGGAACUGUUACGUGGUCCGACCUCAUUACCCACCCCGUCAUCACUCCUCUGAACAAUCUUGUCUAUAAUUCUUCGCCGGAGAACCUGGCCCUCCAUGGCUUACAUCCCUGGUACCAGCACCUCGUCGCAAACUUGCCGCAGCUUAUCGGACCUGCAGUGGCGCUGAUGUUCUUACGGCCUUACGUCUCUCUGAGGCUCUGGUCGGCUAUAUCGGGCAUCGCGGCCCUUUCUUUCGUUCAGCACCAAGAAGCGCGGUUUCUUCUCCCAGCCGUGCCGCUCAUACUCUCAUCAUUGAAGCUGCCAAGGAGUCAGACUCUCCGUCGACUAUGGAUCGCAAUCUGGGUUGUAUUCAAUCUGUUGCUGGGCGUGCUCAUGGGAACAUAUCACCAAGGGGGAAUCAUUCCCGGACAAGUCUUCUUGAGCAAGCAGCCUGACGCCACAACCGCCGUAUGGUGGAAGACUUACUCUCCCCCAAUCUGGCUCCUAAAUGGCAAAAACGAAGUAUUGACCACCAAGGAUGUCAUGGGAAUGAAGGGCGAGGCGUUACUGGACCUGUUGACCGAGCUGGCCACAUGUGAUACUCCUGCAGACCGGCGCAACACGGAGUAUCUCAAGGAAAAGAACGGCACCUACCUAAUCGCGCCGGCGUCAGCAACUUGGUUGGACCCCUAUCUCCCCAACAAGGGGCUUGAAGGGCUGCGAUUUCGGGAAGUGUGGCGGUAUAGGAAACAUGUCAACUUGGAUGAUCUGGAUUUCGGGGACGAUGGGGUUUGGAACACCCUUUCCAGGGUCAUUGGCCGCCGGGGGCUUGUUGCUUGGCGAGUCACGAAAAGCUGUGAGCUUUGA